AUGUUGGGGCUCAAAGCUGGUGACUGGGCUGGUUUCCCCGGGGGAGGCGCUGGUACCGGAGUUCAUGGUGUUCAGCUGGCAUGUGCCAUGGGCAUAAGACUCGUGGUACUGGAUACAGGAGAGGAUCGCCAAACGCUGGCACUCAGUCUUGGUGCUGAGGAGUUUGUUGACUUUCUGAAGGAGCGAGACCCGGUCAAGGGGAUCUUGGAAAUCACCGAUGGAGGUGCUCACGGGGUGUUUGUCAGUGCUGUACAAUCCUAUCCGGUCUCGCUUGAUUAUCUCGGCUCACGUCGCGGCGGCGUGGUCAUGUGUGUUGGGCUUCCCCCGAAGGGCAGCUACCACAUCGACGCAGCCCCCGCCCGGCUUUGGUUGAGAAACCAGUCAAUCAAGGGCAUGUUAUCGAGCGGUCGCGUUGAUCUAGCCGAGACAUUGAAAUUUGCGAGACGAGGAAAGCUCCAACUGGAGCCGACGGUGGUUGGGAGGAGCAAGUUCAAUGAAGCUGUUCAAAAGCUAAAGAACGGACGAGUCGUAGGGCGAAUGGUUGUAGACUUCAAUCUGCCCUGA